AUGGGUUUCAGUUGCUUCCAGCUCCAUUCAGGGAGCUGUGAUGACGUGCCACUUGAUUUCCAUGUGCAGCAAAAUGGCCACUAUGAGCUCCAUUCUGUUGAUCGUUCAUUUGAACCUGCUGGUGGAUCGAUCGUUCCAUUUGCAACCUUCUAUCAUGAGUCAUAUCCACAAGGCACAACCAAGAAAGAUGUCGUUGACGGUGCUUCAUCGAUCAUUCAUAAUCCUGGACCUCACUUGCCUCUCUUGUCGCCAAAACCUGAGAUUUCACAUCUCAUAGGAGGUGGAAUGGGAUCAUACAAGACGUAUGAGAUGAGCGGCAGGUUUAUUCCAAGAAGGAAAGCCUCGAGUAAGGCUGUCAAGAAGACUAAUGUUGUCAAAGGGCAAUGGACACCGGAAGAAGACAGGAAGUUAGUAAAGUUAGUGGAACAGUUUGGAUUGGGGAAGUGGUCUCAGAUGGCACAGAUGCUGCCUGCGAGAGUAGGAAAGCAAUGCAGAGAAAGAUGGCACAACCAUUUGAGACCUAACAUCAAGAAAGAUACUUGGAGUGAGGAGGAAGAUAUGGUUCUGAUACAAACGCACAAGGAGGUUGUCAACAAAUGGGCAGAGAUAGCUAAGCGGCUCCCUGGGAGAACAGAAAACUCCAUAAAAAAUCAUUGGAAUGCAACAAAGAGAAGGCAAUUUGCACGGAGGCAGACCGGCACUAAAGUCAAGAAUCCCAAAUCAGGGACCCUUCUACAGAACUACAUCAAAAGUCUUGGGAUUGGCUCUAGCAAGGUCAUUGCUCCUCUAGAUCCGAAAGAACCUCCAUUGUCAGCAUUUUCACCAGCACCCCCGACACAAAAUCGGGCACGUAUGAAUGAUAAUUGGCCAGAAUCCAACCCAUCCAACAUAAUGGUCACCCAAGGAAUAUUCAGCACAGAUGACAGACAGAUUCACUCAUGUGAAGAAAUUCUAGUUCCCACAUCUGAUGACUUUUCUGUGGACAUGUUUGAUGGUUUAUUUAACGCAGAGGAGGUGCAAUACCAGGCUUACAACAUAGAUGAUGAUGUUGACAUGGACUAUAUCAUCAACAAUAUUGAUUAUUCUAUUAAGAAUGACCAUGAGAUAGAUAUGGAUAUAACAUGGGAUGACGAUGCGCUCGUAAACAUAGAAUCUGGAUGAUCACCAUUGGUGAUGCUGGCAGGCCCGCCAGAAAUCAAAACUGUGCAUGUGAGUUGGUCACACAUCCACAAAC